ACACGCAUGUAUGUAGGUGAAAGUAGAAUCACUUUACAGGAGGGCCUCAGACUUUCACUCUGUCAGUGAAGCCAGCCAGGAACUAUCCUCUGGACUGGUACUUCCUCAUGGACCUCUCUGGAUCUCAAGCCUCUGACCUGGACAGUCUCAAGAGCCUCUCUAACUCCAUCACUGACGAACUGGAGAGUAUCUCAUCACAGUUUACUAUCGGAUUUGGCUCGUUUGUUGACAAGAUUGCCUACCCCUUUGCCUCCACACUACAGAAUGGCUCUGACUACCUGACCAGACACCUGGGAAACAUGGUGAUAGAGUGUGCUAAUGGGAGAGCCUCAUGUGGGCCAACCUAUGUCUACAGACACCAUCUCCCACUGACCAGUGACAGUGGUCAGCUCAGUGAAGUUCUGGAUAAUGUGACAAUCAGAGGUAAUCUGGAUGUUCCUGAGGCUACUUUGGAGGCUCUCCUACAAUCAGUUGUCUGUCUGGACGAGGUUGGAUGGAGGAAUGGCAGUCUGAGGAUAGUCAUGGUCCUGACUGAUGCUGGGUUCAAGACUGCUCUGGAUGGAAGGGCUGCUGCACUGGUGACCAGAAAUGAUGGGGAAUGUCAUCUUGAACCGGAGGAAGGGUUCUAUGACUACUCUCGUGGUCCCGAGCAGGAUUUUCCCUCCAUCUAUCAAGUACGGGAGAAGUUGAUAGAAAACGACAUCAUCACUAUAUUUGCAGUAGCAGAAGAUGUCGUCAGAAACCGGAUAUCGACAGACAAUAUUGUAUACAGGGAGCUGGCUGAGGAGAUUGGCAGGUCCAGAGCUUUUGUUCAGACCAUAGCUAAUGACUCGGCUGACAUUGUCAGUGUCAUCAGAAUGGCCUAUGAGAGUGUAACAAGAGACAUAGUUGUGGACAGCGUAUCUGGACUCACAAUUGGGAUUGCCCCUGUCCUCAACUGUAAUCUGACCUCGGAUGGGAGAGGUUGUGCCAAUGUGGCCAUAGAAGAUCUCGUGAGUUUCAAUGUCACAGUCACCAUGGACCAGUGUCUGAAAGACAUGCAAACUCGACUUCUACCUCUGCCUGGAUUUGGUAAUGUGGAGCUGACCCUGGUACCUAUCUGUGAAUGCAACUGCUCAUCACAAAUGAUUUCAAACCACACGUCUUGCAAUGGCACAGGCUCUCUUGUGUGUGGAGCUUGCGACUGUUCUGAGGGCUUUUAUGGAGAACAGUGUGAGUGUGAUGAUGAACUGGGGCCCUGUCUGAAUGACUGUUUCAACAGAGGAAGUUGUGAUAACUGUACAAGAGAGUGUAUAAGUUGUGACACAUACCAGGACACAAUAGGUGGUGUUUUUCAGAUAGUUGGCAGCUUUGGAAAGAGAUGUCAGUGUGACAACUCCACUGGUGCUGGAGCCUGUCCUGUUGGGAGAGAUAUAGACCAAGUCUGCAGUGGUGAGUGUUGGGAGAGAUAUAGACCAAGUCUGCAGUGGUGAGUGUCGGGAGAGAUAUAGACCAAGUCUGCAGUGGUGAGUGUUUGGGAGAGAUAUAGACCAAGUCUGCAGUGGUGAGUGUCGGGAGACAUAUAGACCAAGUCUGCAGUGGUGAGUGUUGGGAGAGAUAUAGACCAAGUCUGCAGUGGUGAGUGUUGGGAGAGAUAUAGACCAAGUCUGCAGUGGUAGGGGAGAGUGUGUGUGUGAUGGAGAGAAGUGUGACUGUGACUGUGAGUGUGGGACAGCUCCUCUCUCUGGUCACCAGUACUCUGGAGAUGACUGUGGCUGCGAUCCUGAUAACUGCUACAAUGAGCAGUACCCUGGCAGAGUGUGUGCACACAAUCAGGACAGAGAGAAGGAUGGAAAGUGUGACUGCAAUGAUUGUCUGUGUGACACAGACUCCGUCUCAUUCAACAGGACUUGUAUCUACAAAGACCACCUCUGUAGUUUCUUUGUGUCAUGUGCUCUGUGCUGGCCUAUGAACUGCUCCAUAGGAGACUGUCAUCCCAGCCCUCUGGAUUACCUCAAUAGUGAUGGGAUAUCAGUGUCUUGUACAUUUGAACGGGAUGGGAUGUACUGUGGACUAUCAGGUGGUACUCUCUGGGGCCUUCAACACUAUGGGCAGUGUCUUUGUUGGAGGAGAGAGAGAUUGUCAGGACUCAGACAUACUGGGUCAGCUGGCCUGGAUCAUUCCUGUGUCAAUCAGUGGAGGUAUUCUAUUGCCAGGACUGCUGCUACUAGUUGCCGCCACAUGCAUUCGGAUUCACAAGUGCAACAAUCCCAUCUGUACAAGAAACAGUUCUUAUACAGAUCCAAGUGCUAGAGCAGUAAUCUAUGAGACAGUUGGCGAUGAUGACAGUCACCCAGACAUUGGAGUCUAUGAAACAGUUGAUGAUGUACGACAGCAGCGUUGGGUGGCUGAAACCGGUCCAGCCACUAGAGAUAAUUUGGCGUAUGGAGUCUCUUACCGUGUCUCCACAGCACCCAACCCUGCAUAUGCAGUUGUGAACAGAAACAUUAAGCCUUGUCUCUAGGCCAGGGAAAGAUUGUGGAGAACUGUUUUGUAGCUAGCUACACACUCCUUACUGUUCUUUAGUGACAUAUAUAUAUAACAUUCAUGCAAGUCUAAGCUGUGUUUACAACAGGAUUAGCUAAGUG